ACGUGACAGAGGGGCGGAUCACGUGUCAACGGAAGAAGGUGGUUUGUUUUUCCUUUGGAAAAAAGUCGAGGAACAAUGUUUGGAAAGACGACUUUUAGUUGAAUUCUGUUUUCCCCUCAAAUGCAAACAAACAGUCUUAAAUAGGACAUUAAAUAUCUCGGAAUACCGAAACUUUUUUGCCGGGUCUUAUAGCUUGUUUGACGCUCCGUUUGGGAAUUCUUGAAGCUGCAGAGAUUGCAAGGAGGAAGAAGGGAAUUUCGAAGAGACAAACCGAGAGAGAUUAAAUCAGAGCUUUGCAAUGUGUUUCAACUUAAUUCGGAUUCAUAUGGAAUCACGUUUAUAUUUUAAAACACAGAUUAGUGUCUGUGUCUCAUUAAUGUCAUAAUUGUGACUGAUCAUUUGCGACCAAGAAGCUCAAAAUGGCGGAGGGCUGGCCCAUCCCCCAGGCCCUGCUCCUGCUCCUGCUCCUGCUCGUAGUGAGUGUCGCGGGCCUGGACACUUGCCCUUCUCCCUGUACGUGUUCCGCUGGUCCAGGUGCAGCACAGUUGCUGGAUUGCAGUAGGAAGAGACUGACUGCUGCAGCUCUGGGAGCUCCAGUCUGGAUCACCCAUGCGUCUAUGAAUCAGAAUGAACUUACAGCGGUGCCUUUUCUUGGAGAUGUCUCAUCCAACAUCACAGCGCUGUCACUUGUUCAUAACCGAAUCUCUGAAGUUGUGGCGGAGCAGCUGUUGCCAUAUUCAUCUCUGGAAAGUCUGGACUUGAGCUCUAAUUCUAUAUCUGAGCUUAAGGCCGGGUCAUUCCCUCCCAUGCAGCUGAAACAUCUAAACCUGAGCAAAAACAAGAUAAGUUCCUUGGAGCCCGGUUGUUUCGGAAACAUCAGCUCACUUCUGGUGUUGAAGAUAAACCAGAACAGACUCUCUGUGCUGCCUGAUAAAGUCUUCACCCUCUCUCAUCUCCAAGUCUUAGAGUUGAGGCGCAACAGGAUUCGUGUGGUGGAAAGUCUCAUUUUCAAAGAACUGAAGGCUCUUAAAUCGUUAAAGAUGCAGCGCAACGGCAUCACAAAGCUGAUGGAUGGAGCUCUCUUUGGUUUGGAAAACAUGGAGGAACUAGAGUUGGAGUAUAAUAAUCUGACAGAGCUGAAUAAGGGCUGGUUAUAUGGCCUGCACAUGCUCCGGAUUCUGCAGGUAAAUCAGAACAAUAUUGGACUCAUCCGAGCCGAUGCCUGGGAGUUUUGCCAUCGCCUGGAGGAGCUGGAUUUGUCCUUCAAUCACUUGAGUCGACUGGAGGAUUGGGUGUUUUCUGGUCUCGGUCUCCUGCAGAGUCUCAACUUGGGUGACAAUCAAAUCUCACACCUGGGAGAAAGAGUGUUCAGCAGCCUGGCUAACAUCCGCACAUUGGACAUCCGAAAUAAUGAGAUCUCUCUUGCCAUCGAGGACUUGGUUGGCAUGUUUGUGGGUUUGAAGAGGCUGAACUCGCUAGUUUUACAGAAUAAUAAAAUCAGGACCAUCACUAAGAGAGCGUUUGAGGGGCUGAUGGAGCUGGAGCAUUUGGACCUGCGUAAGAAUGGCAUCAUGUCUAUUCAUCCUGAUGCUUUCACUCAUUUAAAACUUAAAACACUUGAUCUGAACACCAGCAGCCUCCUGUGUGACUGUCAGCUGCAGUGGUUGGCUCAGUGGUUGAUUGACAGUCAGUUCCAGCAAUCCUGCGCUGCCGUCUGUGCUCAUCCCUCUUUCCUGGCAGGAUCUAGUGUGCUUGCUAUUAAACCAGAGGAUUUUGUCUGCAAUGACUUCCCUAAACCCCAGAUCAGCGCUCAUCCCAAGACCACUGUGGCCUUGCGUGGGACCAACAUCACUCUAAACUGUUCUGCGUUCAGUAGCAGCGAUUCUCCCAUGAGCACCGCCUGGCGCAAAGACGGAGAGGUGCUGUAUGAUGCUCAGGUGCAGAACUACGCUCGGUACCAGGAUCACCGCCUCCUCUACACCACCGUACUCCACCUGCUUAAUGUCAAUUUCACAGAUGAGGGCCAGUACCAGUGUGUGGUCUCCAACCAUUUUGGAUCCAACUACUCCACCAUGGCCAAGCUCACUGUUAAUGAGCUCCCCACCUUCCUGAAGACACCUAUGGACCUGACCAUCCGCACCGGUACAGUCGCUAGGUUGGAGUGCGCUGCGGAGGGACACCCGACACCGCAGAUCGCCUGGCAGAAAGACGGUGGUAUCAAUUUCCCUGCCGCCCGUGAAAGAAGGAUGCAUGUCAUGCCAGAUGAUGACACUUUUUUCAUUGCUAAUGUGAAGACGGAGGAUAUGGGCGUCUAUAGCUGUACAGCGAAAAACGAGGCGGGCACCCUGUCAACCAAUGCCACUCUUACUGUGCUUGAAACCCCAUCCUUCCAGCGCCCUCUAGAGGACCGUAAUGUUGCCCGAGGUGAGACUGCUGUCCUCCAGUGCAUAGCACGUGGUAGUCCUGCCCCCCGUCUCAACUGGACCAAAGACGAUGCCCCGUUGGUGCUGACGGAACGUCACUUCUUCGCCGCAGCCAAUCAGCUCCUCAUAAUCGUAGAUGCCAGCCCUGCUGAUGCAGGGAAAUACACGUGCAUCAUGUCCAACACGCUUGGCACAGAGCGCGGUCAUAUCUACCUCAGCGUCUCACCCUCAGCCAACUGUGACCCGGUGACCAGCAUAUACAGUCAGGACGGAUGGACAACAGUUGGCAUAGUAGUGAUGGUGGUCGUCUGCUGCGUCGUUGGCACCUCGCUUGUGUGGGUCAUGGUCAUUUAUCACAUGAGGAGGAAGAGUGAAGACUACAGCAUAACAAAUACAGAUGAGAUGAACCUAUCAGCAGACAUUCCCAGUUACCUCUCAUCUCAGGGUACGCUGUCCGAGCCUCAGGAGGGCUACAGUAACUCAGAAAAUGGAAGCUACCAGCAGCUUAUGCCGUCUCAUGCUAACAGUUACGUCCACAAAGGCACUGACGGAGUAUGUUAUGGUGAAGUGAGCAGUGUUGGUAAUCCAGAUGCUAAUGGACUAGGUAGUCGAGUGGGCUCUUUCUUUGCUGGACGUAGCAGCUUCCACCGGAGUGAACCCAGAGAGGGACAGGGAAAUGUCCCUAAUGGUGGACCAGGCCCUCUAGUCAUCUGUUCAGACUGCUACGACAAUGCCAACAUCUACUCGCGCACGCGUGAGUACUGUCCAUACGCCUACCUGACAGAGGAUGACUCCCUUGUAUCUCAGAUCUCUCGGGAUGGACACCAGAGCAGCCAUCAAGAGCGGGAUCAGCACACGGAGCACGCAGAUGCGGCACUGGAGAGUUUUAUAAGUCAGCAGAAUGCCUCUGUGUUCCUCACCAACCAUGAACCACGACUACCAGCGUCACAACACUAUAGCACUGAUGUCCCAAGCAGGUCAUUUUGGGAUGGUGAAGAAACCCACUCUAUCCUCACCCAGGGCUCAGUGACUGUACACAAGCCCCCGAUGGGUCUGUCCGCUGGGGACGGCCGAGAGGACAGGAGGGGGGCACUAGAGGAAGGCUCAUACAGGACUAACCCACAGGAAAGCACCUCUGCACCCACAUAAAGCCAGCCAGCCCUGUCAUCCCUCUAAACAUCACCACUUUGUCCUUCAGUCACCUCCCAGUGCCCUCAGCCCACUACCUCCUUUGAGAAGCCUCAUUGUCUGCCAAAUGAAAUGCCUCUCUCUUCAAUGUUUACACUGCCUCUCUUGUCCCUCCCCUCCGUCUUCCUUUGUAGCUCACUGAGAUGUGUGUGUUUUAUGGAAAACUCUUUCAAACAUCCUGCCUUCACCAUUCCUCAGCUAACGGACUGGUUUGAGUCCUGAAUGUAACAUUUCCAAGAGCUCCACUAGUCCUACCGUAACGUGUGACGUACAAAUUAUACCAGGUUUGGUUUUCCCGCCUACUUAAGAGUGUUAAACCUGUUUGCAUAUGCCAAAGCUUGACCCAGACUCCCCUAUAACUUGCUUUUGCUCUGGUACAAGACCUGUACGAAUACUGACUGUGAAGACUGGACUGCCAAAAGAGGGCAGUGAUGUUCUCUGAGUGAUGUCAGAGGGCCAAUUACCUGUGUUGCAUUUCUUAUUCCUACUGGCAAGCGAUACGGACUGAUGACCAAUAAUGUUUUAACAGAGUUGACGGCUUUGUUGUUUCCACUGUUAUUCCGGAGGUACUGUUAUUUGUCAUUAAUAAUGCUUUUUUUGUGUAGUGUUUCUCACAAACCUAAACACAUUCCUUAAUUUCUCUUUCUGUUUUAAGGGACUAUAACAGACAGUAAUAAAAAUGUUGCGGAUAUGUUGCACCUUUGACAAUCUGGCCGGGAUAGCCUUAUACGAAUCAUGAUAUGCUAACUUUUUACACCCCCCCCCCCCUAUAUUAAGCUUAUGUAUUGUUACAUAAUUUUUGCAUUCUUGCAAAUGCGCAUCUAAUAGAAUUGCUAAUUUAUUUGAUUGAUCGGCAUGACUGAGCACCAGUGGAGUGCUUUUUAGGGCGGAGCUACAUUCUGACUGACCAAUAGGAGAGUGGGGGAGCAUUUGAAAUUUUUUGCAAUUCCAUUUGGUGCCCUAGUAGUGUAGAAAUCACUCAGUUCAUCUUUAAAAUGCGUGUAUGCUGCAUUUGAAAUUCGUUGUUACUGCUGGAUCAAACUGGUCUUGUCUUAAGUUCUUUGCCUUUUUUGUUGUGAAGCUCAGAUAGGUGUUCAGAUCAUCGUCUUAAUUUGAGGUCAUUUUUAUUGUUUUGGCCUUAGAAGUACAGCUGGAUUUAGAUUUUUUUGCCUGUAAACAUUGUCUUAAGAGCCUGUGUUCAAAACCUAAGAUACUGUCUUGCUGCCCACUCAUGAAAACGGACACCUUUUAAGGAAACUUUCAAGGCACUGUUACAUCACGUCUAAUGAUCUUGAACAAAUUCACAGAUUAGCAAGGUCAUAUUUAAUGACCACAGUUCUUAUUUCUCAGUAGAAAUCGGGGGAAAAAAUUUAUAAAUUGGAAUGUAUUUUUUUAAACUUAUGCCGAACUGCAUAUACAGGAUCUUAGUGGACAGGAUGUUAGGCAACCAUUUGAUUCAAAUAUGCUUUUAUGCCUUCCUACCUCUAGAACAGCAUUUUUCAGGUUUCCACCACAUAGUCUUAAAAGGUGCCGUCAAAUUUACACAUGAAUUCGCCAAGCUGACCAACAGAAAGCUUCUUUGUUUAAAAGUGAUGUUUGUGUGAGCUGUUCUUUAUUCAUCGCUAUGCUAUUGACAAUUGAUAUUGGACCUUUUUUGCUUGAAAAAUGUAACUGAUGUUUUUCUAAUGUGAUCACACCACAAGGCUACAUAUUUUAGAAGUGGCAUCUGAUUAGAGAGGGCUUCAUGAAUCGCUAUACUAUUGAUAAUAAACCUUCUUUGCCAAAGUUUAACUAAUGUGACUGCGCCGUAAGAUUUGGAUUCACAUCAAUGCUUGAUGAUCCAAACCAUGUGCGUGGAUCCCUGAUUAAAUUUUGACCAUUCUUUUUGUAAGAAAGCUCCACAACAAAUCAGUACAUUGAUAUUUUGCAACUUCUGAGCGUACAAAAGCUGGAUCUUGCAUUGCAGCAGAUAUUUAUGGUCACUGUCUUUUAAUAGAAAAGAUUUAUUUUCAACCACUUCCCAAAUGUGAUAACUUACCCCUAGAUUUGCUUAUUGAUUUGUUGCAUUGUGUACAAUCUCUUGUCUUGCUGUUAGCUGUACAAUGACACUAAUCUGAGACCUUGAUGUCAAAUGAUGCGUCUGAAACCCCCCUGCGUCUUGUUGAAAGGAGUGUCAUCAGUGGCUUCCAGCCACGUUUAAAACCUCUUCAUUUUUCAAAUUACUAUUAAUGCUUGCAGGAGAUUAGCACAAAGCAGUUUAAAAGUGAAUAGUGGUUUUAUUUUACUCUGAAUUAUUUGGGACUUUGUUUGAAUCUUUAGAAAUGGACAAGUGUGAUUUUGACUUUCAGUUCUUUUUGAUUUACACCAAAGAAAAUUCACAUGGAACAAAACAGCAAACCAAAGUUUAGCCUUAGUGCUUUGACAAUAUUUAAAUGCUGCUUUUUAUGUUUUGUUAAUUUUUUUGUGUAUUUCUGUAUGCUGUACCUGUACAUUUCUGUAAAGCAUGUAUAAAGAAAAUUGUUUCAGAAAAUUCUGACAUUUAGCUGACAUUUAAACAAUAAAAAGAAUUCAGAUGCA